CAGCAAAUCGUACUACAAUCAUGUAUAUCACGGAUCACCGAAGUGAUAGCAAGAAAGUGAAAGACUUGUAGCUGAGAUUCCACGUUUAUCUCCCAUGCGCGGUUUGAGAAUUUGAGAUACAUGCAUCCUGGUCAAUACCAUUGACUUUCAAACACUUAUCCUCUCUUCCCCUGGCCACUUUUCCGAUCUGCUGCAUGCGGCCUGAUCGAGAUUGGCGAAAGCCGAUUCUGAAAUGAAAGCUGUUCGUUUCGAAAACGUGUAGGCGUUCGGCCCACCGUCGACAGGACUGGGCGACCACUUUGAUGCAGCUCUGACAGCUUUUGGACAGCUAAAGCUUGGGAUCAACGGCUGAACCAUGGCCAAGGGCACAAAAUGUCACUCUAAGGUCGGCUGAGAAUCGCAGUCAAGGCCCAAAAGUGUGAAAGAAAACGUCCUUCUACUAGUGUCAGUAGUACAGGCUAGCCAUGCCAUCCGAUCCAGCUGAGAGCGCAGGCCACAACUAAUAAUCAUGAUGAUAUUAUAAUAUCACACAACAGUGGACACGCUACAGCCCACUCUACUCGUUGGACGUGUCCAUACCUGCGUCCUGGGGCACUAGCCGGGACAUACCGUAUCAAGCAACAUGUAAACUGACCUCCAACGCACCUGCAUGUGCGCUUGGUUGUUCUCUGUUUUUACAAAAACACAACGCCCAGCCUCUGCUACGGCAUUCAUUCGUUUCGGCCAGCCUGAGAAUGGAGAUGGUUCUGCUGUUGCUUUGGUCGUUCGCCUUGUAGAGUGGUCCCGAAGUCCUUACACAUGGUGAGUGGUGAGAGCCCAGUCCUCUCUUUUCCUUCCGCUAGCUGUUGUGUAAUCUGGUCUCUUCCUGGUGUGACGGUGUGCUCGUGGGUGAGUUACCCCGACUCGGUUCGAGAGUCUCGGAAUUUUGUCUACACACAAAGCCAACCUCCAGCUCUCUCAGUCGUACGAGGCCGAGGACCAGGGGAGUUUGAGUAAAGACAGCUUGAACUAUUUGGAAGUAAGGUUGUUGGUCGCUGAAUUGUGAAGCUCAGGCGCAGUAGGGAGGCCCGCUUUGCGGUAUGCUGAUACUCCCUCAAGCGUUUGCGGCGAGUGCUUGUGGAUCGAAGUAGCUUACGCACUUCCCAGCUUCACUGCAACAUUGACCGGCACAGCUAGCGGUGGAGCAGAAUACGGAAACGUGCUGCAGACUGUGCUUACGGCCCAUCCGAAACUGGAAAGAAUCGACUGGAUUUUCGAACACAAACGUUCGGGCCACCGCGACGCAGCUGAGCUCGGAGUCAUCAUAGUUGUCAGUAGUAGUGGAUUUGUGCAAUCCUCAGCUGGACGGAGGCAGCGCCGUGAUCAUGUCUAUAUGUAGCAGACUACAAGCAGUGGCUGCGUGCUACCUGAUGGUUGCUGCGACGGUGUGGAUCCAACUACCACUCCAAGCUGUUGCGCAGGGAGAUGCCAACAAUGGCGGACAACCAUCUUUCAACCCUGCUGUCUGGUGCUGGGUGCCAUUAAGUAUCUCUGAAUGCUCCGUAACCUGUGGCAACGGUACUCAAACCCAGACCCAAUCAUGUGACUUAGUGAAGAGAUCGCUACUGGAGAGAGACGUGGACACGUGCACUAGAGCUGUGAGCAAUGCAACGGCUGGUCUCGCUGGCUCACCUGAAACUGCCAGUGUUGGUAAUGGCAGUGUUAGUGUGGCGGAUGUGGUGUGCUCAGAGCAGGAUGUUGGCAAGCAGCGCACAGUAGUACAGUCCUGCUCGGCAGGAGAUUGUCCUAUAGACUGUCAAGCAAGCAACGACAGCAAUAUCAACUGGCCCCGGGUGCCGGUGGGUCAGACUGUCCAGCUGCCUUGUCCCGCUGUGCCCGGCUAUCUCGCACCGCCGAGAACCGCUCCAGAUGGUAAUGCUGUGGCCAGCCGUCGCUGUGUGCUGGAUCAGAAGACCAGCCUCGGGGUGUGGCAGCAAGUGGACGUCAGUAGGUGCGGCCAGGACUUGCAGUUGUAUUUGAGACUGCAGCGGCUGAGACAAGAUGCCUUGGGAAUAACUCCCGCGACCGCUCCAGGCAUCGGUGCUCGACUCCGAAACCUCACCAGCGUGAAUUCACCUGCCUUCAACUUUGUCCAUGUCAACCUGGCUACGGAUGUCGCUGAGCAGCUAGCCAAGGUCAUUGGGGAAAUCCCCAGCACAUCCACAAGCAGCAUCAACAAGCUGGUCAAGACAACGGUGUUUGCGGUGAGCGACCUGGUCAAUGUACCCCUGGACAGCCUUGUCACGGCUCAGCUUAUGUACAACUCUAGUGCACGGCUCUUGGAGGUGGUUGACAAAUCGACGAGCUCUGUAAUACUACAGUCACCUAGCUCUACAAUGGAUAUCCGUGGUGCUAACAUCAACGUUCAUCUGCAGUGUCUGGAGCAUCGUGUCUUAGCUGAAGGCAAUACCGGCUACUCAUCCAGUCAAGUGUCAAUGCCAAAGUUUUCUCUAACUAGGACGGUGUUUCCUGCUAACUUCCCGUUAGCUGAAAGCAGUGCAGCUAUCAGUCAACCUUGUCAGGGUCGUGUUCUGCAAGUCGCAACAUUCAGCAAUGCAAAGCUCUUCAGCAACGGAAACAACAACACUGACGCUAGCGUGCCUGUGAGGCAGGCUGUUGCGGCAGUGUCGGUCGGCAGCCAGGUGGUGCAUGGCUUGGAGUCACAUGUGCAGCUGGAGUUCGCCGUUCCUGAUGCCAAGGAUGCAUCUGAAUUCUACUAUUGCUCAUUCUGGGACUUCACUGCCAAUGAUGGUCUUGGUGGUUGGAGUCGACAAGGCAUCACCGACCUUGUGUCCAACACGCCUGGUGUACACCAGUGUUCAACUAACCACUUGACCCACUUUGCCAUCUUGGUUGGUGUUGGUGAAGAUCCAGUGGAUGUACCCGUGUCCCUGUCCAUUGUUUCCGUGAUUGGAUGUGCUCUAUCCAUGGUCGGCGUCAUAGCUACCUUCGUCACAAUGAUGCUCCCAGACACCCGUCGCCAGCUGCAGGCUAGGAUCAUUGCAUCGCUGUGCCUGGCAAUCUUUGGUCUCUUGCUGCUGUUCAUCGUUUCUGCCUUCGGCUCGUUGGCGGGUGACAGCUGCCUGGCAGUUGGGCUAUUUCUUCACUACUUCCUUCUGGCAUCAUUCAGCUGGAUGGUGAUGGAAGGGGUGCAGAUCUGUAGACUGAUCAUUGCCGUGUUUUCAUCGGUGUCGGCAUCGUCCAACAGGAUCCUGGCCAUCAUGUCUGCAAUAUCCUGGGGCCUACCAUUUCUGAUAGUGCUCAUCACAGCGGCUGUAUCCAAUGAGUCUUAUCGCCGAUCAGGCAUUUGUUUUGUACACGGCACAGCACUGAUAGUCGGAGUCAUCGUUCCACUAGCUAUCAUGGUGCUGGUCAAUUCCGCUGUGUUCGUACUGGCUCUGCGGCGUAUCAUUCACCAUCGAGAGCGGAAACGGAAAUUAUCACAAGACGCUGCAUCCGCAUCCAAGUUCCAGGAGACGGUCAGUGACGUGAAGUCGGCCAUGACAUUGUUUGUGCUGCUUGGUCUGACCUGGGUGUUUGGCCUUGCCACACUCGACACUCAGUCUCUGGCGUUGGUCUGGAUCUUCACAAUCCUCAACUCCACGCAGGGAUUAUCGAUCUUCAUCGUACACGUUAUACUGCGCACCAAGUCCAGAGCAGAGUGGAGGAAAGUGCUCGGCUUGAAGCCGACAGAUGAUAGCAAGGAGGAUGUGUCCACGACUAGCGGUUGGUGGAAUUCCGGCGGGUGGCGACGGCUCAGUACUCUGCGGCGCACGUUCAGCAACAUCAGCACUCGCAGCAACAGCUGGGGUCAGCGACGCAAGGAUGAGACAAUGGCUGCUGCUGGUCAGUCUGCUGGCCAAACAGCCAGUGUGACUCUGUCUCAGUCCGGAAAACUCAACGCACAGGCCAGUACGUCGACCGAAGACGCCAAUGGACAGUAUAAUCGCCUCUCCAGCAUCCCAGCUUCAACUUCAAACAACAGCUAUGGUUUGUCACCGGCCGGAGGUUCCUUCUACCGAGAGGACUCCAUCGAUGGCCAGGCACAACAGCCGAGCCGACAAACACCGACAAGUAGCAAUGGAGUUGAUAGCAGGCACAGUGACCACCAUUCCAGCACACCCAGUCCUAGUUCAUACCAGGAAAGCGACGUCUAAGAACACGUCCUGUCCCCCCGCGGUGCCAUACACAAGGUAUGAGUACUAGGCAUCAUCAGGUCCUUCCGAGUCUACCACUUGCUACUCAACACCGGGUGCUGAAAUCGAGCAGCUGCUAUCUUGAUGCUUUCAAACAGCACCACCGGACACAUUCCCAGAAAGUGUGUGGUCUCCAGUCUCCACGUUAUCUUUCCUCAGGAUCUUGAUCAUGAAAUGAUUCAUUUUACUGCUAUACGACUUGACAUGAUUAGACUUGACAACCAGAUUUUUAUUCCAUUGUACAUCUUGCUGAUUUCAGAAUUACGGCGGCUACAUGUACAGUGUAUUAGUUUCUCACAGAGAAUUACAAUUACAAUUACAGUUACAUGUACUUGUACAUUUAAAACUUAA